GAUUAAAUAACACUUUACCUUAAAAUGGACCCGGAUUUUUUAUCCAUUUAUUGUAAUUUCUAGUCCCUUUUUUGUUUUUUUUUAAAUAAAGAGAUCGUUAACCCUAAGAGUCCGGGAACAAAGCAAAGAUGGGUGCGAACGAAGGGGGUGGUGGGUUCGCGGACGGCGUGGUAGAUCCGAGCGAACAGUUCCAUCGGAACGAGGCGAUAUCUGCUGUAGCGGACGAUGGAUUUCUUGGUGAAGAGGAUGAUGACUAUGAGGACCUUUAUAAUGAUGUUAAUGUCGGCGAGAAUUUUCUCCAGUCUCUUGGAAAGAGCGAGGAAAUAGGGUUUAAAAAUGAAGAGGUUGUUGAAAAGUUGCCGCCGAAUGCUACUCAUGUGCAGACGCUCAGUGCUGCCGAAGGUGAUCAGAAGGCAGAGAAAGAGCAAGAAGGUGGGGCUAUGGAAUCGGACAAGUUUCAAGGUUAUCCUACUAUGGGGUCUAGGGCGAGCGAAAUGGGAGCUAAGAGUUCAACUCUUCCUUCAAGUGGAUCAGGGACCCUGGCUAGUGAGCAAAGGGUUGAGUUAGGUCAUUCGUCUGGUAUAGUAGCUGAUAAAGGGGAACAUGCUUCAAUUGGUGAUGCACAACAUCAAUGCAUAGCUCUGCCGCCUCAUGCUGCCCCUGUUGAAAACUUUGUUAAUGUAGUAAGCGCAGGAAAUCAUAACAUGGACAGACAAGUUGGAAAUAUGAUUGGCAACAUUGGCAAUGAGGGAGUGUUUGGGGUUGGUGGUGGAGGUGGAUCUGUUGGGGGAACUCUUCUUUUUGUUGGCGAUUUGCACUGGUGGACAACUGAUGCUGAGCUAGAGGCGGAGUUGAGAAAAUAUGGGCCAAUGAAGGAAGUGAAAUACUUUGAUGAGAAGGCUAGUGGGAAGUCGAAAGGGUACUGUCAGGUUGAAUUUUUUGAUCCUGCAGUUGCUACAGCAUGCAAAGAGGGGAUGAAUGGGCAUAUCUUCAAUGGUAGACCGUGUGUUGUAGCCUAUGCAUCUCCGUACACUGUGAGGAAAAUGGGUGAAUCUCAAAUAAACAGAAACCAGCAGACAGCUCAGACUUCUGUAUCUCAAGCAAGGAGAGGCCCUGGAGAUGUCAUGGUUAAACCUGGUGGUAACAAUAUUGUCCCAGGUGGUAACCAUCAAGGUACUGCAGAUACCAAUAGAGUUUAUGGACGAGGAAAUUGGGGUGGUAGGGGAGUUAUUCACGGGAUGGGGAAUAGGGCUCCUCUUGGUUCUAUGAGAAACAGGCCUGGGGGCAUGGGGGGACGUAGUUCAAUGGUAAAUGGUGGUGGUGCAUUUGGACAAGGUAUUGGUGGCACACCAUCAUUGUUGCACCCUCAUACAAUGAUUGGUCCGGGGUUUGAUCCUGCAUUUGGAGGAUCAAUGGGUCGAAUGGGAAGCUUUGGGGGAUUUGCUGGUCCACCAACUCCUUAUUCAGGAAUCAUGCCUUCGUUCCCACCUUUAGCAAAUGUUGGAUUGCCUGGUAUUGCCCCCCAUGUCAACCCAGCAUUCUUUGGCAGAGGGAUGCCUAUGAAUGGUAUGGGAAUGAUGCCUGGCACUAGUGAGGGGCCUCCAAAUAUGGGAAUGUGGUCUGAUAUGAAUAUGGGAGGAUGGGCUGGUGAAGUGCACGGAAGUAGAGCUGCUGGUGAGUCAAGUUAUAAUGAAGAAGCUGUAUCUGACCCUCAACCUGGAGAAGCAAGUCAUGAACAUGAUAGAGGCACAUGGCAUGCUGGGUUAAAAGAAAAGGACAGAGGUGGAGAGUGGGACUGGUCUGGUGCCUCAGACAGAAGAUAUAGGGAUGAAAAAGAACCCGGAUUUGACAGGGAGAUGCCUCUAGAAAAGGAUAUUGCUCAUGAUCAUGAUUGGUCGCCAGAGAGGAAGCAUAGAGAUAGCAGAGAACAUGGAAGAGUGAGAGAGCCUGAACGAUCUAAAGAGAGAGGCCGUGGUCGUGAUGGGGACAGGGAUCGUGGACAUGAUCGUGAGCGUGACAAUCGUAGGGAUGCUGUCCAUUAUCGGCACAGGGACCCUGAACUUGAAUACAAUGAUGAUUGGGACAGGGGAAGAUCAUCAAGAACUCAUGCAAAGUCAAGAUUGUCACAUGAGGAAGAGCAACGUUCAAGAUCCAGGGACACUGAAUAUGGGAAAAGGCGGCGUAUGGCUUCUGAGUAAUCUAUUUGAGGGCAUUCGUCAAAAAAAAAAAGAAGAGGAAAUAUGUAUUGCAUGAAACAAUUUUUGCAUAUAUAUUUUGGCCUUCAUCUUAACUCAUGGAUACAUUGCUACAUCCAAUCGCCAUUAUCUUUGGUAAUCGUUAAUGCUUGAGUGAUGGGAUCUUUUCCACUUUCAUGGUGUAUUCUCUUACCAAUUCAAUUCAGGUGGUUUCCUGAACAUGAAGGACCUCGUUUUCUCGUUCAAAUAGUUCAGCAGUAGUUUAAUGCAUCAUCAAUAUGGGGUUAACUAGAGCACGGCUUGUCAUUGACCUGAGGCAAGAAUGAUAUGCUAGUUGGACAUCAUUGUUGGCCUGAGUAGCAUUAAUGUUUUAGCUAAUUGUAAGUUGGACACACCAUUAUUGGUAUCUUGAUGAUGUUUUAUGACUUUAAACUGCUGAAAUAUGAUUGUGACUUAAGUUCUGUAAUCUACGAAUGCGAUGUAUUAGGAUAGGAUCUAACACAGGCUGGUGCUAAUAUUUCCCUUAUCGAAUUUUUUUCUUGGUCACGUGUAAUUUUAACCCAGAUUAUUAUAUGGGCACACAAUGUGAUCAAUGAUCGAUCAAUGCUUGGGUUAUCUGUGACUGGAAACUCGCAGAAGUCUGAGGGGAUUGAUUUAGUUUAAUGUCAUGUUAACUUGUAUCACACUUGUAUUGAAUGAUGAAUGAUCAUGGGAACUACAAUAACAAAGGCUAAGUUCUUUC